UUAUUUUUCAUCGUCAAGCUCUCUUUCAUUCUCUAGGUUCUAAGAGAAAAUACAAACAGGGUCAUGGGUUUUGUUUUAGCUAAAGCUCUUCUGACACUCCUCCUGUCUAUGCUAUGCUUCACUGUUUUUAGUGAAAAAGUUGAGCCAGCUGAUCAACCUCUGCACCAUGGCUCGCACCGUCACUACCCAACAGCAGCGCCAGUAAGUGAGCCACCGGGUCUUGCACCCAGCCUAGCACCAGCCCCUCACCAUCACCACCACCACCACCAUCAGGGCCACUCACCAGCUCCUGCACCUGUUAACACUCCAGCACAUGCACCAGUGCACCCACCGAAGCCUCACUCUCCCCCAUCUGCACCAGCUCACCCUCCCAUGCACUCUCACCCACACCCACGGAGUUUUCACUUCCCUAGAAAGCUUGUAGCAGUCCAAGGUGUUGUUUACUGCAAAUCUUGCAACUAUUCUGGGGUUGAUACCUUCUUGGGAGCAAAGCCAGUUCCUGGUGCUACAGUGAAACUACAGUGCAAUAAUACCAAGUCCCCACUAGAGGUGAAGGCGCAAACCGACAAGAAUGGUUACUUCCUCGUCAAAGCACCAGGGACGAUCACCAACUAUGGAUUUCAUAGGUGCAAGGUGUGGCUGGUCUCGGCACCAAAUACUGCAUGCAGCAAGAUCACUAAUAUCCAUGGUGGGCUGGCUGGUGCGAUCUUAAGGCCUGAGAAGAAGCCUUUCGUUGAUGAAAAGAAGCGUGGAUAUGCUCUCUUCAGUGUUGGUCCUUUUGCUUUUGAGUCCAAAUGCCCUCGUUAAUGCCCCCAAAUUUGUACUCCUUGCUUCUGAUUCUCCUAGCAUUGUGUCUCCUACUUUAAGUAGUAUUCCGAGCUUUUCCGGCCUGUGUCUGUAAUGGCAAUUCCUUAUUAUUGUUGAACCAUCAUUUUGCCGUUUGAGUGGAGAAAAUUGAUACUACGGGCCUUGUUUGUUU